CAAAAUUCUUCUGAUAAUUGUUUGUCUAUAUAAAUCCAUACAAACGAUACCAUUUCGUAUAUGCAUUAAGCUGUCUUUCUGUCAUUUCAGCAGGGCGUUUCAGAAGCCUAUAAAGCCAAGCCUAGAGGAACAUGUCAUCCAUUACAAGUUCGACGCCUAAGGAGGAUCAAGUUGGACUGCUUGAUGCAGUUGAUGAUUUAUAUGACGGAGUUGUUGUAGAAAUGAAGGAUUAUAUGGACUCUGAUAUUUUUAUUCCUUUGCUUAGAGCUUCUCUUUCACAAUGGAAGCAGCAGGGAAAGAAAGGUUUUUGGAUCAAAUUGCCAAUCCAACUUUCUAAUCUCGUCUCUCCAAUGGUUCAGGAAGGAUUUAGGUAUCAUCAUGCUGAACCAGAUUACUUAAUGUUGGUGCGAUGGCUACCUAACACUCCCGAUACUCUUCCAGUAAAUGCUACACAUCGAGUGGGUAUUGGAGCAUAUGUAGUGAAAGAUAACAGAGAGGUGCUUGUAGUUCAGGAGAAGAGUGGUGGAUUCAAAGGUACAGGGUUAUGGAAGCUACCUACUGGGGUUGUCAAUGAGGGAGAGGAUAUAUGUAAAGCUGCAAUUCGGGAGGUUAAAGAAGAAACUGGAAUUGAGGCAGAAUUUCUGGAAAUUUUAGCCUUCAGGCAAAGUCACCAAUCGUUCUUUAGCAAAUCAGAUUUAUUUUUCGUUUGCCUGUUACGACCACAAUCCUUUGCAAUCCAGAAGCAAGAUUCAGAAAUUGCUGCAGCCCAGUGGAUGCCAAUUAAGGAGUAUGUGGAUCAACCCUAUAAUCAAAAACACCAGCUCUUCAAGUAUGUUGCUGAAAUAUGCAGAACUAAGUCAGAGAGGGACUAUGUUGGGUUUUCUGCAAUGCCUACGGCAACAGCUUCUGGUAAAGAGAUCUAUUUGUACUUCAACAACAGGGAUUUUCAGCAGACUCUAUAACCUUUAAAGUAGAAUCCUAUAACUUGCUAUUUUGAGUGCUUGGUUGAGUUGUUGACAGUAUGCUAGAACUGAUAGUUGAUAGCGAUCAUAAGAGAUGGUAAAAGAAAAUUUAUUGUUGGCUACCAUAGUUGAAAUGUUAAAUUAUUAGCCGGAAUAUUUCCAUACCUAAUAGAAGACUUUUGCAAUAAUGUGUUGAAACACAUAUGUUAUGCGUAAUUUUUAGAUCAUUCAUACAUGCAACUACUCAAAGUAUAUGUAUAUGAAUUUCAUGAAGUGAUCUGGAGUUUUCAUAUUAUUGGUAAUCAAUGUAUAAAUUUGCCUUUCAAUUUUA